GCCAUGGCGGCGCGCGCGGGCUCGCUGGUGGCGGCCGUGCUGGCGCACUCGGGCCGCCUCGACAAGGAGCACCUGGGCACCCGCGUCGGGAGGCUGUCCCGCCGCGUCGAGGAGCUCAAGGGAGAAGUCUGCAACAUGAUAAACAAGAAGUACAGCGAGUUCCUGCCCAGCAUGCAGAGUGCAGAGGAGCUGGUGGCACAGGUGGACGGGCUGUCCAGCAACAUCGACCUGCUCAGGGCGAGCAUUGAGAACGAGGUCCAGCGAGAUCUCAAUGUGGCUGUUGCUGAAUUCACGGAGCUGAAGCAGCAGCUGGAGCGGGACACGCUGGUCCUGAGUGUGCUGAAAAAGCUGCAGGAGUUCGACAGAGCCAUCAAAGAGCACAAGACUGCACUGCUGGAGAAGAAGUAUGUUGCAGCAGCUCAGCAACUGGAAAAGGCACGGGGCAGCCUCAGGAACCUGGAAUCCCGCAAGGGCUUCGAGCUGAAGAUCCUGAGGGCGCUCGGCACGGAGCUCACGGUGCAGACACAGAACAUGCUCUGCCACCUGGGGGAAGAGUGGCAGAAACUCAUUGUGUGGCAGCUCCCUCCUUCCAAAGAAAGCAGCCUGGAGGCAGUGGUGCACUCAGAGCUGCACUUACACACGAUGCCAUCCAAGGAGGAGGAGGUUGCUGGCCCACCUGUGGCAUCUGUGCUCCAGGCCUUGGCUGUCCUGGGAGAGCUGCACACCAGGCUGAAAGCUUUUGGCCAGUUGUUGCUGAAAUACAUCCUCAAGCCAGUGAUUUCAUACCCAUCCCUGCAGCCACUCACCGAGGAGCGGCCAGACGUGCUCAUCCUGAGGUUUAAAUCCGAGGAGCCUGCCUUGGAUCAGUCCUCUCCCAUGGAGGUUUUUGACAAGAUCAAGCUUAUUUUUGAAGUUCUCCACAAAUACCUGCUAAAUGUGCCUCUUGAGCAGCCUGGGGAGGACAGAAAGGAUGGCAGAGUCACACUGGCGGAGCUGCUGGGGGAGCUGAUCUGGGAAGAGCUCUCCAACUGCCUCGUUCAGAACUGCCUGGUGAACUCCAUCCCCAGCAACAGCAGCAAACUGGAGCAGUACACAGAGGUGAUUAAAUCCACAGAGGAAUUUGAAAAGGCCUUAAAGAACAUGCAGUUUUUGAAAGGAGACACGACUGACUUACUGAAAUAUGCCCGUAAUGUCAACUCCCACUUUGCCAGCAAGAAGUGCCAGGAUGUGAUUGCAGCAGCCAGAAACCUGAUGACCUCAGAAAUCCACAACACUGUCAAGAUCACACCUGAGUCCUGUGUAACCCUGCCACAGCUGCCUGACCCUGCAUCAGGAGAUCACUCAAAAAUGCAAAAGCCCUCCAACCUUCUGCACAAUGGCACAGUGAAUUUGGAGGGGGAGACCAGGCUGAGCCAGUACACCUUCUCCCUGCCCACGUGUCGCAUCAGCUCCUCCGUGGAGCAGCUCAUGGAGCUGGUUUAUCAGACACUGCUGGAGGCCACAGUCAGCACGGACCAGUGCUGUGUGCAGCUCUUCUACUCGGUGAGGAGAAUCUUCCAGCUGUUCUAUGAAGUGGUGCCAACAUACCACAAGGAGAGCCUGCAGAAGUUCCCCCAGCUGGCAGCCAUCCACCACAACAACUGCAUGUACCUCGCUCACCACCUGCUCACCCUGGGCCACCAGUUCCGCUACCGCACCACCAACAUCCUGAGCAACGGGGCAGCCUCCUUCGUGGACCUGGUGCCCGCCUUCAGGAGACUGGGGAUGGAGUGCUUUAAGGCCCAGAUGCGAGUGCAGAAGGGGGAAAUCCUGGAGAGGCUCUCAAGUGCCAGGAAUUUUUCUAACAUGGAUGAUGAGGAAAAUUUCCAUGCAGCAAACAAAGCCAUCAGGCAGGUAUUGCAUCAGUUGAAGAGGCUGGGCCAGGUCUGGCAGGAUGUCUUCCCAGUGAACGUGUACUGCAAGGCCAUGGGGACCUUACUGAACACAGCCCUGGCAGAGAUUGUCACCAGGAUUGUUGCCCUGGAGGAUAUCUCUGCAGAAGAUGCAGACAGGUUGUACUCACUCUGUAGGAUCAUGGUGGAGGAGGGACCCCAAGUCUUCACCCCUCUACCUGAAGAAGAGAAAAACAAGAAGUACCAAGAGGAAGUUCCAGUCUACGUGGAGAAGUGGAUGACAUUCAAAGAGCUGAUGAUCAUCCUGCAAGCCAACCUCCAGGAAAUAGUGGAUCAGUGGGCAGAUGGGAAGGGCCCUCUGGCAGCCGAAUUCUCAGCAGCUGAAGUGAAGAGUCUGAUCCGAGCCCUGUUCCAGAACACAGAAAGGAGAGCAGCAGCACUGGCCAAAAUCAAGUAACCCCACAUUUCCACCUGCACUUUGCAUCUUCUGAUAAAGCAAGAGCAAACUGAGACUUUCAGAUAUUUUUUUGAUUUGACCUUUUUUAUUUGUACUGGUGUAAAAAAAACAAUGUUAGAAUUGGGUAAGUGCUUCCUGGAGCUUGGCUGGGGGAGAAGGAACAUUUCCUGGCUCAGUGUUUGAGGGGCUGGGAGUCUGGGACCAGGAGCUCACAGGUGAGGAACACACAGACACCUCCUGCCACGCUCCCCACAGCAGUUCUGCCCAAAUCCAGGUUUUCCUUCAGGAGCUGCUGGGUGUCCUGGAGAAGGAGAGAUGCUUUUACUGAUGUUUGCUAGUUCCCAUUCUCUAGGAUUUCAUCUUCCCGUUCAGGCCAGCAUAGGAAAAUAAAUCAAACCUUGUAUCCAGCAUCUCUGUGAGCACAGGGACUGCUGCCAGAUGAUCCUCCCAUGUGAGGUGCUGUGGAACCUCAUCUCAGACUGGCCUCAGGGUCCUGCAGAGGGGUUUUAUUGCUCAGUAGUGACUCUCAUCUAUGCAGUUCUACAUCAGGGGGCCUGGAGCCCCUCUCUGUCUUACCUCUUCUGUCCCUGUAAGUUCCACAUGAAACCCACACUCUGAGAGCUUUUGCUAUCCUCCCAGGAGUGCUGAAGUGCCAAACUUAGCUCUUUCCCACCUCAGGUUCUUCUGAGGGACAGACCUCAAGAGAGCAACAAUUUAGGGGGGAUUUGGGGAAAGGAGAUCCUGUGCAGAGUGAACUGGUGAUCAAGUCACAGGGUUUUGCACAAGUAGCAAAAUUCUCUUAUUUCUCAUGGAAAAUAUCUCAAAACUGACUUAGAAUUUUUCAGUCUCGCUUUACCAGCUGUAGAAGCCAGUUCAGCUCCUUUGUGUUUUUGUUGGCUGUGAACUGGGUAGCUCUGGUGUCUUUCUGGUAUUAUAUUUUCUGUCCUUUAAGAACAGUGUAAACCAAUGUAAAAAAGGAAUGAAAGGUGCACUCGUAGCAUUGUCUUUUUCAGUCACAAAAGGCUGUGGUUUAGAUUUUGAGAAAUUUCUCACCCAAUUUAAUUGAAAAACUCACUGAGAGCAUUCACUUAAAUUAGCCCAGAGGCCAAGAUGGAGCAAAGUUCUUCCUGCCCUGUCAUGCUCACUAAAGUUUCAGUCAUAGAGCUUGGUGUUUUUAAUCUGUUAUCUCCUGUUGUAUCCUUUUCAUUUGCACUGUUGUCCAACUUCUGUUCCCAUUCCAAGCAUUUUUGCAGGGCCUGAGGCCCUGACCUGUGUCACCCAAGUCCUUGCAGAACCCUUCUGCUCUGGUUUAACUGGUGUGAGGAAGGGGAAGUCCAGUCUAAUGGGCAGUUAGACCGAGCCCAGCACAUGGGAAUGCAGCAGAGAAGAGAGAUACUGAAGCAGAAUCUGCCACUCAAAACUCAGCUUUCUUUUCUUCCCCUCCAAGUGAUUCACCCAAAGGCUGAGAGUGUUGCCCUUACACUGACAACUCAUAGGAUCCCUUGUCCUUAUACACACAGCAAUCCAAAAAUCACACCUAUUUUGGAAAGCACUUCUCCCGUGUUUAUUGUUCACAGAAAUGUAAUUUGCUAUUUUCUUUAAUAAACUAUUUAUACUGA